AUGGCGUCAAAGCAACUUCCCACGCGUCUCAAGGAGUCGGUCGAGAACACCAAAGUCGAGUACCGCCAACUUGGAAAGUCCGGACUUCGUGUUUCAGUUCCCAUCUUUGGCUGCAUGAGCUUUGGCGACCCGCGAACAAUUCCAUGGGCUCUUGGAGAGGAAGACGCCCUGCCCUUGCUGAAAGCCGCCUAUGAUCGAGGACUCAACACUUGGGAUACAGCCAACGUGUAUUCCAAUGGCGCUUCGGAGGUCACCAUUGCGAAGGCCCUGAAGAAGUACAACAUUCCCCGAGAGAAGGUUGUCAUUCUGACGAAGUGCUUCUUUGCGGUCGGUGAAGAACCAGAGGCGCGUCAGUUCAACUUUCGCGAUGAGUUCAACACAGCCAAAGACUACCAGAACCAAUUCGGUCUCUCGCGAGCGGCGAUCUUUAACCAGGUUGAGGCCUCGUUGAAACGGCUCGAUACCCCUUAUAUCGACCUCCUCCAAAUCCACCGCUUCGAUCCCCGAACGCCCAUCGAGGAAACCAUGAAGGCACUACACGAUCUGGUGCAGUCCGGAAAGGUGCGGUAUAUUGGAGCAAGUAGUAUGUGGGGAACACAAUUCGCCCAGAUGCAGUUCGUUGCAGAAAAGAAUGGCUGGACCAAGUUCGUCAGCAUGCAGAACCACUAUAACCUCCUGUAUCGGGAGGAAGAGAGAGAGAUGAACCGGUUCUGUAACGACACCGGGGUCGGCCUCAUUCCGUGGGCUCCGCUGUGUCGCGGCCAUCUCGCCCGACCCCCUGCUGACUUUGGCUCUACCUCGCGCAGCAAGGGUGAGAAGGAAGGUCAACCCGGAUCUCACGGGACCGUGGAGCCGGACAUCAGCAUCAUCAAGAGAGUUAUUGAGAUCUCAGAGAAGCGCAACUGGCCCAUGGCGCACGUGGCUCUUGCGUGGAUCAACAAGCGGGUUACCAGCCCCAUCAUUGGCUUCAGCAGCGUCGAGAGAAUCGAUCAGGCAAUGACGGCCGACGGCAAGGUUCUCACCGAGGAGGAGGAGAAGCAUCUUGAAGAACUGUACAAGCCCAAGGCCAUCACUGGGCACAUGUAA